AUGACCUCACAGACACAAACCCCUGAAGUCGAAUUCCGCAACUGGCUCCACACUGCAGACCAUACACCGGAGCACCCAGCGAGUCUGGACGACGAAACACGCCGUGGCCUGAUCGAAAAUAUCAUUAAUGCCAUUCAAAACUAUUAUCUGAACCAAGACGCUGCAGCACAACUGGCAACGACACUUCGCGCCCGUGUCUCGGAGGGCAUAUACAACCACAUCUCGUCAAGUACAGACCUAGCACGCACUGUAACAACAGACCUCCAGGCCCUAAGCGGGGACAAGCACUUCCGAUGUAUUUUCGGCAUAUCACCCGAGGAGCCCUCGAGGGAGGAACAACGGGCCACACUGGAGAAAAUGAACUACGGGUUCGGGGAUGUCAGAACCCUCGACGGGAGCAUUGCGCUUGUUGACAUGACGCUAUUUCCCCCUGUCCAUUGGGAAGGUGUUCGUGAUAAGAUUCAGAAUGUUCUACGGAGCCUCUCAUGCGCGGCUACACUCAUCAUUGAUCUGCGGAAGUGUCGAGGUGGGGAUCCGAGGACUGUAGCAUUGAUCUCCAGUUACCUGGACAAAAGCGAAGGCGGUCCCUGGCUGAAGAUGGUACGGCCCUCUGACGGGAUGACCGAAGAGCUCCGCGGAGAGCCACUCCCCAAGGACGCGGUCUUCAGUCCCGAAAAACCAAUAUACGUCCUCACAAGCCACGCCACAAUCUCCGGCGGCGAGGACCUCGCGUACGGGCUUCAGGCACGGAAGAGGGCUACGGUCAUUGGGGAGAGAACGGCUGGUGCAGCUAACUUGCCUCGCGCGUGUGUUUUGCCUGGAGGGUUUGUCCUCUGGGUUCCGCACAAGUACCCAGUUUGUCCGGUUACUGAUGGGAACUGGGAGGGGGUGGGGAUUGCGCCUGAUAUCGUGUGCGAGGCAGAAACCGGUGUUGACAGGGCCGUUGCGCUGGCGGUAGAAGGACUCAACUCGAGGAAAGGAUCCACCAUGGAGGAGUGA